AUGGUAAGGAUCCCCCUUAUUUUGACAUUUAAAAAAUGCAUCUUCCCUCCUCCCUAAGGGAUACCACUGAUCUGAUGAGAGCAGAAAGGUGAAAAUAUUGUGCUACUGGCUACUUUUACAUUAAUUAAACCUGCUAAAUGUUUCAGGUGAGUGACAUUUCUGUGGAAUGAGGGGAGAAAGGCUCUUAUAAAGGCAGGUUUGACCUGUGGGUCACAUAUCUAAAUAUUUACAUUUUCUAGUAGAGUAGUGGCUCUGCUGAAUCAAUGCAGAGUUGAACAUUAACUGGGAAAUGAGGGGGCUGACAGUGUAGAGUACUGUGCACUACAGGAUCCAGCUAGGGGAACACUCACCGUGCCUGUCUGUCUGUCUCUCUGUCAGUCUAUAUCCUAAUCCUAUUUGCCUAUAUCACCUAUCCUCUGACCAAACAUCGACUGGGUAAGUUUUCACCAUCUUGAUUCACUUUGACAGAGGUUUGGAAGGGAUAGUAUCUGAUGUUGGGGAGUCAGUAGGUUUUUUGGCACAGUGCAUGAAACCAUAUAAUUCUAGUAUAGUAAGUGCUUUUUAUUUAAAGCUAUUUGGAACAUGAUUUAGAUGUAUGGCUGUAGCUAUUAGUUUACCAGUGAUAUAAUAACAGCACAAACUGUUAAAAAAAAUAAGACUAAAGAGCCCCCUGUAAAUGUAAAUGUAAACUAAAAUCACCAAUCAAGACAUAUCACCACUACCACUAUUUGUACUACGCCUAUGAAUGCUAAUGAUUCUAAGCAGAGUCAUAUAUAUAUAUAUAUAUAUAAACACGAAUAUUACCAUUGCAUCCAUAGAGAACCCAUUGCAGUAGUGAGGCCAGUGUUUGCUGUUUGUGGACUUUAGCAGUGGAACAGAAACCUUUGGCCCUCUGACAAACAGUUGUGAUCCCGGAGCAAAACACCACACAUCUCUGCAGUGUAGAACCAGGCCUAAAGCAAUGCCCCACUGACCACUAGCCAAGCAAUCAUGCUUUUGAUUGGCUCUCAUUUCCUCUCAACCUAUCAGUGUUCGCUGGUGUUCCCAUGUCCAGCAGCAAUAUGUACUCUGUUAUUGCUCUGUAAAAGUGAGUGGUUCCGUAAUCUUAAAUAUUUAAGUCAUUGGCCGUGUUCUAGAGGAUCAAAACCGUAAUGUAUCAUGGGCAAAUUGUGACUGACUGACUGAUCUACAAAUAAUAAUGAGUAGUUAUUUAUGAUGCAAUGUUUUUUGUCGGCAGUCGCCUGCACUGUCGACUGCAAUGUCGAACAAGCCCAUUGUGACAGUGUAGGAACCAUAGUUUCGGUCCAUGUUUCCCAGGGGACCCUAAUUGGUGUUAAACAUGUGAAAUGUAUAAAAGCAGAGAUACUGUAUAUGAUGACGAGAUGGUCUUGUCUCCGCCCUAAUAAUGGGCGUUGUUGUCCCAAAGGCGGGAAGGCAUGCGGUCUGCUUAUCGCUGUAUUCCCACGUACACAGAUUUUAACAGGAGUGGACCCUCUCGCUUCGCUUCUUCCUCUCUGAUAAAAGCACUGCAUAGUCCUUUUCAGGGGUGUAUUCAUUACGGAAACCUUUUACCGUUUAAGAACCAAACGGAAGCAAACAGAGCAAAUGGAACAAAACGGGGAGGGACCUACCUGACUUUGUCCAAUAGAAACUUUCGUUUUUGUUGCAAAAUAUUUUCCAGUUGGAGUAAAUAGUUUCUGUUGCAAUUGGUUUGCUCGCCUCCUCUCCUCUUUUUUUUGAAAAAGGUCAAAGGUAAUUGAGGAGCAGAGACAAGGAGUGGAAACAAAUGUGCUUGUAUUAAAUGAGACUCUCCAUUUCUACUCUUUCGUGUCAUCAGGCAAUUUACGUUUACAGGGGUGGAAUACCCAAAUAAAUGUGUAAAGUUAUAAAAACAAAUGUAGCUAGUUGUCGUGCAAUACAUUUGAAAGAUAAAAUGAUAAGUAGCAUAUGUUUUUGUUUUAAGCGUGCAUGCUUUACUCCUUUGAGAAGAAAACAGCUGAUUCAAAGGGGGUGGUGUAUUUUAAAACACUUCCGUGCUACCUGCUGUGAGGAUACUUUUGUGCAUCCUCUGUCGAAGUAGGUGAUCGAAGAGCAGAGCAGACUCUUUUGAUCGCCUACUAACGAAUUAAAAGAGGACAGAUUUUUGCCCAGUUGACAAUCUCCCAGAGUGUGUGUACAGGCUGUGCAGGUUGUUGCUGUCAAGCUUAUUUCUAUGAGAAACCAUUUUGUGAACAUGGUCAUGCUGUCUGUGUAGAAAUGUUUGGGGUGUGGUCCAUUGUUCAGAAAAGUUGUUGCCAGUUGAUUUGUGUUGGGAGAGGCUUUGCUGGCUUCUGGGUCCAAGCAGUGUUGCUAGCGCCCUCCCUUAAGCAAAGUAUUGGUUGUCACAGUUUCUUGGUCACUGUGUGUAGCCUAACUAGGCUGUGAAAUCUAGUCGUGUGAAAUCACUGUUGCACUUUAGAAGGAACUGAGAUCUAAGAAGCCUUUUGUAUUCAUGUCAAUGUAUUUUGUAUGUGUAUCUAUUUCUAUACAAGCAAACCUUCAUCAUUUAAUAAACUGCUGUUUUUUUGUGUUUUUUUACACCUGCCUCAGACUAUUUCCCUUAAAUGGUCCUAGAUAGAACCUGUAUCUUUGAAUAGAUGUUAUAUUAUUGUACAGGUUUGUUUGUUCUGUAUUGCAGGCUAGCUGUUGGGAUAUGAAGCUGCAUCUGCCUGUACUCUUGCUGCUCUGCCUCUGUUGGCUGGGACUGACUGUAAGAGGGCCAACCAUAACCUCACCCCAAAACACAUCAACCUUCCUUAAAUAUCUAACCUUUAAUUGGAAAAGGAUUGACUACAAGACUUUUAAAGCACCCUAACCCUACCCUAGUCUUUACAGUCUAACCCCUAGACCCUCUCUCGUGCACUCUUCCUUUCUCUCUCUCUCUCAGGAUGAGACUGGUACGGUAGCUCCUGAGGACCCCUCUUGCGGGGAGCAGGUGUUAAGCCAGGAGGCCCUGUGGUCAGUAGGAGGUGCUGUAGAGAGACUGGGCAGGCAGCUACUGGACAGCCUGCAGACAGGGCCAGAGCAGCCCAACAUCAUCAUAUCACCCCUCAGCGUGGCCCUCACACUGGCACAGCUCACACUGGGUGAGGCACGUGUGUGUGUGUGUGUGUGUGAGAGAGAGAGCGAGAGAGACAUCAUGUAUAAUGUCAAGAGUGAGUAUGUAUCUGUGAGAUUGUAAGUAUAUGUCUGUGUCUGCUUAUGACUGUUAUCUCAAAGACCUGAUGUAAUCAAAACAUGGUCAUUGCCUCCUUGUGUUGCCCCUAUCAGGAGCUCGUAACGAGACACAGAAGUUGCUGCUAAGUUCUCUACACGCCCACACCGUACCCUGCUACCAUCAAUCCCUAGGCAGCCUGCUCGACCACCUCACCAACACCUCCCUACAGGUGGCCACACGCAUGUACCUGCGCCCAGGUGAGUGUGUGUUAUAUUUCAGUGUAUAUUUCAGUGUUGUAGCUCUGUGCCAAAAAAUUGCAAUCUACUAACAUAAUUAUAAAGCACACCCAUUGUAACUGUCUUUGUUAAUGCAGUAAAGGUCUGACAAUGUUUUGGACACCUUUGGUGUAUAUUUCUCUCUCUCUCUCUCUCUCUCUCUCUCUCCUCUCUCUCUCUCUCUCUCUCUCUCUCCUCUCUCUCUCUCUCUCUCUCUCUCUCUCUCUCUCUCUCUCUCUCUCUCUCUCUCUCUCUCUCUCUCUCUCUCUCUCUCUCUCUCUCUCUCUCUCUCUCUCUCUCUCUCUCAGAGUUUGAGGUGUACCAGUCCUUUGUUGCAGAAUCCGUGCGUAGCUACAAAUCAGAGCCCGCCACCUUGAUCUCAGUGGAGGAUGUCAACCAAUGGGUGGAAGACACCACCAAAGGUCACAUAACCAAUUUCCUGCCAAGUAUUCCGCAUGAUGUCGUGCUCAUGCUUAUCAAUGCUGUGCAUUUCAAAGGUAAGCCCUUUCACUCCCUGUUUAAAAUAACGGCUUUGAAACUGUAUCCAAGCGUCUACUUUUUACAAUCGUGUGGCUUGUUCUCCUGUUGUCACUGGUAGGUGAGUGGGAGGCUCGCUUCGACCCUCAGCUCACACAGAAGGAUGUCUUCUACCUGGACAAUAAGAACUUUGUCCAUGUAGACAUGAUGCGCUCAGCCAAGUACCCACUGAGCCUGUUAGAAGACGGGGAGCUUGGGGCUCAGGUGAGCUGGGCUAGCUGUGUGUGUUCUGCCGUCUGCUUCUGUCUCCAUCCUCCAUUUCUAUCUUUUCAUCUUUUCACACACAACACCUUUCUACUGGAGACUUGUUUUGAAAAUACUUUGCUGUUGAAACGUAGACAGUAAAUAGUCUGUUCUCUCCACCACUCUCUCCACCUCCAUUCUCUUUCUCUCAAUCUCUCUACAGUGCAGUUUGUGCAGUCUCCCUCUCUAAAAAAUGUCUAUCCACCCCCCUUUCUUCUGUGUUUGCAGGUCGCACGUUUUCCAUUUAAGGGAAACACCAGCUUCCUGAUAGUGAGGCCGUUGCCAGGAAGAGGAAAUGUGUCAUCGCUGGUGGCCAAGCUGAAUAUCUCUGACCUGUACAGACGUCUACCUCAGGAGAGGACCAUGCAGGUCCAACUGCCCAAGUUCACCCUGCAGUACCGCCAAGAGUUACAGGAGGCGCUGACUAGCAUGGGUGAGAACAGAAGUAGUCUCAGAAAUUCAAGACCUAGGGUAACAGCACUAGGUCUGGGAUUUAUGUCUGAUUUUCUUUGCCAAUUCGGAGAAGGUGCUUUUCAGACAGACAACUCUCCCAACAAAUCACUUGUUUUGGUAGGUGGGGUUUAAAAAGAAUCCCCUCAGAAACAUGACAGAGACGGACACACAAUGUGGAUGCAGAUAGCUAGGGUAAUUUUAGCCACAGCCAGUCAGUGGUUGUAAGCUUGUAAUGCUAACGUCAUGGCGCAUGCAACCUAGUCACUUGCGAAAUACACUCAUUGAAAAUGUCCUCCUCCAGCUACAUCUAGCUAGCUACAGCAGAUCUCUGGAUGGAUUUUCCGGCACCCAACUCCGCUCUUAUCUCUCUGCCAAACUGACAUUGGUCUUAGUACAGAUGUGUAUGCUGGAACAUUGGUACGUUGUGGGAGGCAACCCAUCUGUCUAGAAACUAGCACAGAAGGUUAAAUAGUUUGGGCCAGGAGUUUUUUCUCUGUCAGGGGUCACGUGGUCUGGAAGAACUUGAGUCAUAGUUUAAGCCCUAGUCAUAGUUUAAGUGAGCUAUAAACGGACAGGCAGGGCCAGCCCUAGCCUUUUGGGGGCCCUAAGCGUUAGUUAUCCAGUGUCUACUUGCUGGCUGAACCAGUCUCAAAUCAAUCCAGAUGAAACGAAAGGCAGGGAUGAUACCAUAUGGCCAGUCAAACAAGCUUGCACUAGGCUGCUAGCUGGAGCAAGUUUGCUCAGCUGAUCAAGCAUGGUUUUCUGUAGUAGCCAGUAGCUAACGAGAGCGGAGUGAUUUUCAGAAUAAGGAACUAGAGUUAGGCGGAUGGGCAAAGUCUCGAUUUUUAGAGAUGAGUUCCACGACAUCUACAAGAGAGAUCGGUUGCGGGACGCCUUCUGACAUGAGACAAUGGGGCCCCCCUACCUCGCUGGCAAAACAUUAUUGUGGUCCCCUUCAUGACGGCGAAGAGAACAUUUUAGGUUUUAAAGUACAUUUUCAGCAAUUCCACACAUUUUGCCCUGGGGUGGAGAGAAAACAUUGCAAUUUUAUAACAGAUUUCAUGCAAUUUUACUCAUUUUGCCAUGAGACAGAGAGACAUUUGUGCAGUUUAAAGCUAAUUUCCUGUAAUUCUACACAUUUUGAUUUAUGCCAUGUUAAUAUGAUAUCUGAUUGAGAGUGACUAACAAAAUCAAUGGGUGCCCCCUGGAGGUCAGGGUCCCUGGGCACGUGCCCUGCGUGCCCGGUCGGUAUUCGGCCAUGAUUACUACAAGUUUAGAUAGCUGACUAAUUUACCAAUCUAAAAAUUGUUAGCUGACAUGGUUAAUUGAAUGACUGUCAGUGACUGACAUAACAAGCAAAAAACUGCUGAGGCACAACCACAUUUAGAAAUUGCACCUUGUGUAUUCUACUGUUCUAACAAUCAAAAUCUCUCUUGUCUCUCUUCUCUCUCUCAGGUCUGGGCUCUUUGUUCUCCAGUCCUAAUCUGUCCGGUGUCUCAGAGGUUCCUCUGCAGGUGUCCAGCAUUCGUCACGCCUGCGGGGUGGAGCUGAGUGAGGAAGGGGCCGAAGCAUCUGCAGCCACCUCCAUCACCAUCAUGCGCUCUGUUCCCAUCUUUUCUGUAAACUCCCCCUUCCUGUUCGCCCUGGUAGACCACGCCUCCCUCGCUCCCCUCUUCCUGGGCACCGUCACUAACCCAGCCCCUGACGCCAGCCCCAUGCAGAUCGACAGUCCUCUCAGCGAUGAUCCCAAUGGCAACAGGACCCAAAGUGACAGCUCUCAUAGCAACAGCAAUGUACAGAACGAUGGUCCCCAUAGUAACAACAACGUACAGAGCGACGGUCCCCAUAGCAGCAACACCGUACAGAGUGACCAGCCACAAAGUGAGAGAACGCAGUGUGGUGCCCCUGUCGAAGGGGAGGAGCAACAACAGCCCUUGAAUGAAGUAGAGGGAAACCCCAACGCCCAAGUGGAGGGGCAAGGAUCCAGUUCCUGUGCCAAUCCCUCUCAUACGGUUCCUUCUUAAACCAACACCGAUGCCCAGCCUGCCCCAACCCAUCUCUCCCUGUCAUGUCCUGAACAACACUGCCCGACCAGCCGGUCACAUAUGGAGCCCAGCCCUCAUAUAGCAAAACCCAAUCUAUUGGCACAGUUCCCAGUCCAAAAUCAACCCCCUACUCCUAGACACCUGACAACUUCUCACAGUCCCUCCCCUCCCCAGUGUAUGCCCCCUGAUUACAACCCAAUGAUAUAGGCGAGACCAUGGACCUGUCCCAUACUACACUGUGUGUGCAGAUGAACACUCAAAUGUGAUGCUAUUUUUACACUUGGUUGUGCACUGUCUGUCUUACAGUAUUUGUUGUGUUUUGAUGUCUUACUUUCUCAUUUUGAUGAUUCCCACCUCUGGUAUUGAUUAAAGAAAAGUGAAAAGAAAUGAAGUCUCAAUGUUCUAUUUAAUUUUCAAUGGAUUUAGGCUUAUACCUCACAACCUAUAUUUUAACUAUUUUCUCCAGCACAUUCAUGCAAUUAAAAACAGACUUAUUUAAGAUUUGUUAUAACAUUUCAGAUCAAUUGCUUGCGUGUCAAAUUGAACAUACCAGCGUUAUUUUGGGGCGGUGAGGGAGGAUCAUGGAUGUGCCUUGCACUCAAAACAGCCAUCCAGGUUCUUGCCAAACCCAACAGGCUAUCCUCUGAUACGUCAGAGAAGGGAGGGUGAAAGUUGGCUUCACGGCUGUGUGCAUCGUCCUGGUACAUUCAGCACUCCACCGGAGAGACGGCUGCUAGAGACAUACGGGCGGGUGACGUGGACCAUAACCGCUUGGAAAGGUCAGUACUUUUAUGCAUCAUAUGCAGAGUUGGGGAGUAACGGAUUACAAAAAAACUAACUGUAAUCCAGCAAGAAUAUUGUAAUCAGAUUUACAGAUACUUUUAAAAAUCUAGAUGAUUACUUCUAGGAUUACUUUUCAAUUCAGAAAGAAUGUUUGAUAAAAAAAAUAUCUGACACCUUUCUGUUUUCUCAAUGACAUUCAAAUCAGCAUUGAAAAAAGGCACAGGUUUAAAUUUGUUCCGCCUGAGCAAGUCUGACCACAAGUCAGAGACCACUAUGAUGAAACACCAGGGUCAUUCCUACUGUGCGGUGACUUUUCUGUCCCCAGGAAAUAUCACUUCUUAUUUAGUGUAAAAUGUGGAUUCCAAAAGGCUUUAAAUAUAAGGUUAGGUGCAUAGCCACGGGAAGUAGGGGUGCUGAGGGUGCUGCACUCCCUGAAAAAUCAGAAUUAAAAAUGUUUUAACAAUUACUAGUCCUGUAGUAGUGACUGAUAUAGCCAUCUGUAACGCAGGCAAAAACAUUAAUUGAGCACCGUAGGUUGUAAUCAGGUUACAGUUACUAGUUACCUGUCCAAAAUUGUAAUCAGUAAUGUAAUUUUUGGAUUACCCAAACUCAGUAACGUAAUCUGAUUACUUUCAGAUUACUUUCCCCUUAAGAGGUGCAGGUUAGCGUUUUUUCGUCAUUAAUUUUGUUCUUGAGGCAGCUCUGCAGAGUGGUCACUAGCUGGCACAGCCACAAAGUCCUUAAAUCUAACCCUAACAUUAACCACACUGAUAACCCCUAAUGCCUAACCCUAACCUUAAAUAAAGCAAACAUUUUUCAUACAUUUUUACAAUAUAGACAAUUUUGACUCUGCAGCUUGCCCAUCUAGCGGAAAUCGAUCAGUUCUGCCUCAAGAACAAGACUCAUCCCAAUAAACAUUAACCUGCUUAAGAGGCAUUAGAAGAAGACAAUAAUUCAUAUUACCAAUUGAACAUCCAUUGCAGGAUAAAUCAAUGUUAAGUUUACAUAGAUGGCCAUAAAUGGAUGUUAGAUUUAUACUAUGGGUUGGUUAUGUAGGCUUCUUCUAACCCAUUGCUUUCUACAACAGAUAAUAAUGCUAUUAGGCUAUAUCUUUACUUAAAAAAAACACCAGAGUCUGUCAGAUUUCCAGUCAUUCCAAUUAAUUUAAUACCCCUUGAUCUUCAAGAAUAGGACAUAGAUUAGCCCAAUUAUUUUAGCAGAGCAUAACCCCAAAACGAAGGACUAAUUAGCCUACUCUGUUGUUUAUGAUUUUUUGUCAUGGAGGACAGAUUGGGCUCAUUGUUUUGAGUUGAAAAAUAAAUGCUCCUCUCAGAAUGGCAUGCUUUGUGCACUACCGAAAAGCGCUUGUAUGCCAUAUGCUGCAUUUGAUAAGAGGCCUAUUGUUUACGUUUUUGUUGGUGACAUCUUGAUAAUUUACAGAUGUUUAAGUCUAUCAAAAGUGCGCGAGUUGUGUCCCCAAACCGUCUAUGUGGUCUUCUUAAAUUAAACUAGUUUUUGACAGUAUGUAGCACAAUACCAAGGGUGAGUUUAGAAGGAACUCCCUCAAACUUUUAUUCCAUAAACUGGGUUCCGCACUAUGUGUUGCAAGAGCGUUUUAUCCUGGCUGUCCACUGGGGCAUAUUCAUUAUGCCUAUUCUGUUGCAAAACGUUUCUUAAACGGAAGCAAACGGAACGAACCGUGGAGGGACCUACCUUAAUUUGUCUAAUAGAAACUCUCGUUUUGCUCUAUUUGCUUCUGUUUGGUUCUUAAACGGUAAACAUUUUCCUUAAUUAAUAUAUCCCUGGUCGCAAAAACAAUGAUUGACAGGCAGCUUCAACUUCUUCAAUUCAACCAUUAUUGGGUUAAAAUACACAUAUACAUUUGUGAACAGCCAUCCACAUUCACAUCAUCCACAAACCGAAAUACGCAAAUAGCUAAAUGAGAGAGCAGCAGUGCGAUUCACAUCAAUGCGUUAUGUAGCCUAGAUAUCAAUAAUAAGUUAUAUCCGUAUCGCCGGUAGGCUACACCACUGCUGUCGUUCUUACCUCCAAGCGUUUAUUCAAAUUGGAUAAUCUUUGGAUGCUGACAGCAGUCGCUCCAUUGGAAGACAGCUUGGACUGUAGCCUAUGCCUGAGGCAGCCUAUUCCUGCUCUUUUCCCGCGAUCCAUCAAACGCAUUUGGUGUAUCAUCAUAGUGGUCUCUGAUUGUGGUCAGACUGCCUCAGGCAUAACAUAGUUUUGAUAACAGAAAGGUGUUAAAUAUUUUUUUCACAAAAUCAAAUUAAAUCAAAUGUUAUUUGUUACAUACACGUGUUUAGCAGAUGUUAUUGCGGGUGUAGCGAAAUGAUUGUGCUUCUAGCUGACCAUGCAGUAAUAUCAAACAUCCUUUAUGAAUUUAGUAAUCCUAGAAGUAAUCAUCUGUUUUUUCAAAAGUAUCUGAAAUCUGAUUACAAUAUUUUUGCUGGUAAAGUAACUGAUUAUGUAACAGUGUUUUUGUAAUCCAUUAUGGAUUAGCCUAUAUGUAAUCCGUUACUCCCCAACCCUGUUAAUGGGAUAAUUUGAACUCUUGAUCAGGAAUGAUUUAUUAAUACUUUUGUCUGUAAAACAGAGUUACAUAAUGUGACUAUUCAUUUUUUCCCUUUCUUUCCCAGUACUUUACUGACUGGUUCAGAAUCAACAUUUCCAUUCAAGCUGCUCGAUCAGCAUGGCUCCAAGAGAAACACCAAAUCUAACCUUUCCCAGAGCCCGAACAAUUUAUGUAAUUGACCCUGUUUCCUAGUUGGUCAGGCCAAUAUCACAGUUACCACUCAACAUGGUUUGAAUCAACUAUAAACCUGUCUCUUUGAGGAAUGACAGACAUACAUGUCUUGACACCAAAACAUUCUCCAUUCAAGCUGCAAAGGCAUCGAUAACGGGGAAAAUAUGCAUACUUUCUUUUUUAAACACAUUUUUCCACCAUCAUGCUACAGUCGCUAAUGCUAGUCCUGGAUGUUGCAUAUCACGAUCAGCCAAUCAGGUUGCAGCAGUCUGUUUUUUCACCCCUGGCCAGAACCGAUUGCUGCAACCUGAUUGGCUGAAUGCGAAUUGCAACAUCCGGGACUAGCAUUAGCCACUGUGGCAUGGUGGUGGAAAAUGGUGUUUCAUAAAGAAAGUACACUUAUUUUCCCAGUUUAGUUUUUUACACCUUCUCGCCAUUAAAUAAAGUUAAGGAGGAAAUUGACGCCUUUGCAGCCUGAAUGGAGAAUGUUUUAUGUACGAACCGGUCUACGGGGGAUACGAGUGUAUAGCCGGCUGCGUACAUUCCCUUUGGAUGGUAAGAUGAAACGACUCAAUAUCGCCAUCUGCCGGCCUUUGGGCUACCUCAGGAUGUGCAAGGAAGCUACAGACAUUAAUCAUUAGCAGAGUUUCAUUCUAAAAUAAUAAUAUGCCAUUUAGCAGACGCUUUUAUCCAAAGCGACUUACAGUCAUGCGUGCAUACAUUUUUUGUGUAUGGGUGGUCCCGGGGAUCGAACCCACUACCUUGGCGUUUCAAGCGCCGUGCUCUACCAGCUGAGCUACAGAGGACCACCUAAAACACUAUAUAUUUUCAGAAAUGUUGGUAAAUUAGCUUUUAUUGUUAAAAAAAAAUGAUGAAAGAGAUUGGUGUGUUUUUUCACUAUCUAAUCAUCGCAUGGGUUGGUUCAUUGACAGACAUCUAUUUGUUUAAAAUAUAUCACUUGAUGGUUUCAUUUCAAAGAGAAAAAUGAAUCAUGUUUUUUUGCAAAAUGCUAUAUAUCCGCCAUACUAUCAGAGAAAUAAGUAGUAGGCUACUGCUAGGUUUUACACUGUCAAAUGUAACAAAUAACUACAUUUGUUUAUAAAGAAAUGUACAAAUAAUACAUUUUUUUACAUCAAUAUUGAUUUACAUUUUUUUUCAUCAAUACAGUAAUAUGUAAAACAUUUACACUUGACAUUUUAGUCAUUUAGCAGAUGCUCUUAUCCAGAGCGACUUACAGUAAGUGCAUUCAUCUUAAGAUAGCUAGGUGAGACAACCACAUAUCAUAGUCAAAUAUACAGGAUACGAACAUUAGAUUCCUGCUAAACAAUGGAUAUAUAGCGUUUAAAAGAGAUCUAAUAGAUCUAAAAUCUAUUAAUAAAAAAAUCAGAUAACAGCAACAUUUUACACACACAUAAAGGUACCCAUAAGCAAUAAUUUCUGAUGGAAAAAUAAAAUGUGAAAAAGUGGUCGAUAUAGCGUUUUGGAAAUAAACUCUUCAUUUGUGGGUUGAAAGAGUUGUGUAGAUCAAGAGGACUGUGUGACCUACAGCCAAGACCUACAGUACCAUUUUCCAUUUUAUUUUGGCUUAAAUUCACCAUGCUUGUGAUUGUGAAUGGUAGAGGACGGCCUCAGUGCAGAGAGAAGGGAGAUCUCUCUCUGUGGGCUUGGCUGGCUGCUUUGGGUUAGAACUCAGAGAUCAAGUGUCUGGGUUAACCAUCAGGCCUGCAGAGAGAGAAAGGAGAGGGGGAGGAGGAGGAGAAGACGAAAGGAAUUGAGAGGAGAAGUGUGGUCUGAGGUCAGUUAUGGAUGUUUUUUUCAUCCGGGAAACCAGGAGAACUUUAAUGACAACCAGAUGUGCAGGGAACAAGAGAGUAUGUGUGUGUGGGUAAAAUAGAAAGAAAGUGAGAGAGAGGGAGAAAGAAAGAGGGAAAGAAACCUCCGUUCUACACCUCCUGUGACCCUUCAGCUUCUCCCUGCUCUGUCUGUGUCAAUGAGUCUGCUCACCUCUCUGGACUCUGUGUGACCCCAAUCACUCCACAAAGCUCAUUACCAUUACUAGCUGUGCUAGUGUUGCUAGCUAGUAAACGGGUGUGAACUUUACAGCAGUCUGCCUCUGCUUGUGUUGUGCAUUAGCUACACUCUGUGUGUGAGUGGAGAGGCAGAAGUUUAGGAUAUAAUAUAUGGUUUAGUCUCUACUCAGUAAGUGGAUGUAAUGGAGCUCAGUUUGAACACACAAAUGUCUACACAUCUCCAACUAGUGAGAGCGAGAAGAGGGGGAAGUAGAGAGAUGCUGACAGAGAGAGAGCAAUAGAGACAGAUUGAGCGAGACCUUAUUGAGAACUAAUUGAUUCCUCACACUUUGCUGAGCAGGUGAGAUGGAGGGGUUUACUGUAAGUUAAUAAGGAUCGGACCCUUUUUUUCAAAUUUUCGCCUAAAAUGACAAACCCAAAUCUAACUGCCUGUAGCUCAGAACCUGAAGCAAGGAUAUGCAUAUUCUUGAUACCAUUUGAAAGAAAACACUUUGAAGUUUGUGGAAAUGUGAAAUUAAUGUAGGAGAAUAUAAACAUUAGAUCUGGUAAAAGAUAAUACAAACAGAAAAACAUGCGUUUUCAAUUUGGUUUUUUGUUCCAUCAUCUUUGAAAUGCAAGAGAAAGGCCACAAUAUAAUAUUGCCAUUUAGGCGCAAUGUAGAUUUUGGCCACUAGAUGGCAGUAGUGUGUGUGCAAAGUUUCAGAUUGAUCCAGUGAAGCAUUGCAAUACUGGACUAUUUUGUAUCAAGUCUUCCCAAAUGUGCCGAAUUGGUCAAUUGAUACAUUUUCAAGUACAUAACUAUAGAGAACAAACAGAAAUGAUAUGGUAAUACAAAAUGUAAGUGUACACACUCCCAGUAAUGUCAUACAUGAUGGAUCAUUAGCUUAUACACUAACUUUCACACAUCUAGAUGUCCGGGCGGGGUGGGUGUGGAGCCAUAGACAGCAGUGGUUCAAACUAGAACCCAGUUCCUACAUUUGAAUAUAAAAAAAUAUUUUAUCAAACAAAACUAUGCUACAUUUUAUCUCUGGGACCCUUAGGAUGACAAAUCAGAGCAAGAUUACUGAAUGUAAGUACAUUAUUUACCUUCAGAGGUGAAUGUAUCAAACCAGUUGCCGUGAUAAGUUUAUUGUUGUUGUGCACUCUCCUCAAACAAUAGCAUGGUAUUUUUUCACUGUAAUAGCUACUGUAAAUUGGACAGUGCAGUUAGAUUAACAAGAAUUUAAGCUUUCUGCCCUUAUAAGACAUGUCUAUGUCCUGGAAAGUUUGCUGUUACUUACAACCGUCAUGCUAAUCACAUUAGCGCACGUUAGCUCAACCGUCCCGUAUACGGGACACCGAUCCCGUAGAGGUUAAAACCACAUUUUCCCACAAGAGCCCUGGCCUGCAGCGAAUCACACUCACAAACUAAAAGUCUGACUCACACACUAUGGGCCAGUUUCCCAGACACAGAUUAAGCCUAGUUCUAGAUGUAUGAUUGUAUAAUAAUGUGAAUGUAAUUGAGUGUGUGAUUGUGUUACAGGAUGAUGUGGACGACCCUAUUGCUGUGCCUGGGGGCCCUCCUCUCCCUCUCUUAUGCUCAGUUGGUGAGACCACUCCACAUCUCCGUUUUCACACUCCUUUCUUUUUCUCAUACUUUCAUGUCUCUUUAUAUGCAAUCCAUCCCUUUGGCUUUCUUAUUCUACACUUCAUCUCUCUGCAUCUCUCUCCUCAUCGUCCUCUAGUAGUUUAUCUCUUUAUUUUUCUCAUUCUUCAUGAACUAGCCAUGUCAUUAACCCUCCUUUCUUUCUUCCUGUGUCUUUGGAUCAACCAAUCCUGUGCAGUCGGAGACAGAGGGGGCGGGAGGGGAAGAGGAAGCUGUGGAGCUCUUUACCACGCCCAGAGCCAAGAUGGCUGCCGCCACAUCUGACUUCGGCUACAACCUUUUCCGGGCCCUGGCGGGUCGCGACCCCAAGACCAACGUGUUCCUGGCUCCCAUCAGCAUCUCUGCAGUGCUCACUCAGCUCUCCAUGGGUUAGUUAGCCUCAGCACUGUUAUAUUUUAUAUCACUGUCUGCUAUUUAUCUGGUAAUUGCAUAUUGACCCCCCCCCCCCCCCCAGGAGCAUCUCCGGAUCGUUCAGAGAGGUGGUUGUACAGAGCUCUAAGGUAUCACACCCUGCAGGACCCUCAGCUCCACGACACUCUCAGAGACCUACUGGCCUCACUCAGAGCACCUGGCAAAGGCAUCAGCAUCGCUGCACGCGUCUACCUGGCCCGCAGUGAGUGUGUGUGUUAGCAUGCAUGUGUCUUUGUGAUACUUUUGAUCAGUCUGUGUGUUUUGAUUGUGUGUAUGUUUGUUGACCAAAGUGUGUAUGUGUGUGUGUGUGUGUGUGUAACUCUCUAGGACUGCGUCUGAAGCCGGAAUAUUUUGGCGUGGUGGAAAAGCAGUAUGGGGUGCGGCCCAAGGCUCUGAUGGGUGGGGCUAAAGAUGUUAAUGAGAUCAAUGAUUGGGUCAAACAGCAGACGGGCGGCAAGGUCGACCGCUUCAUGUCCAAGCCCCUGGGACGGAACUCUGGUGUGGUCCCUCUCGGCGCCGCCUACUUCAAAGGUAAGGACAGUCUGUCUGCGGUUCAAUUCUCAACCCUUAUCCCCAAAGUGUGCACUCGUUUAUGGGGCACUGUUUGUAAAAUGCUGUGUGUGUGUAGGGAAGUGGAUAACUCGGUUCAGUCAGAGUGGAGCGAUGGAGGACUUCCAGCUUGAUGGAGAGGUGUCCGCCCGCAUUCCCAUGAUGCAACAGGACAAUUACCCAGUGAAGAUGGGAGUCGACCCAGACCUUGGCUGCACAGUGAGUACAGAUGCAGUAUAUGCAGAAAUUGAAUUUUUUUCAAUGGUUAUUACUUUCUUAAACAGCCAGUUCUGAAAGUUUGCAUCAGGGAAAACAUCUAUUGAUCCCCUCCUUCCCUCUCCCUUUCUCUCCAGAUUGCUCAGAUCCAGAUGCAGGAUGACGUCAGCAUGUUUGUGUUCCUUCCUGAUGAUGUCACUCAGAACAUGACCCUGGUGGAGGAGAGCCUGACGGCUGAGUUUGUUCAGGACCUCUCCAUGACUCUUCAUCCCGUGCAGGCGGCCCUUACACUACCUGUCCUAAAAUUCAGCUACUCCACUGACCUCUUGCCACUGCUCACUGACCUGGGUGAGUGCCUGCACCUCUCUCCCUCUCUCUUCAUCUUGCUCUCCUGUCUUCACAUCUCUCACAUCCUCUCUCUCCAUCUCUCCAGGUCUCGACGAAUUUCUGGCAGACACGGACCUGACUAGGAUCACGUCUCAGACGGCGAAGCUUGGCAGCCUCAAUCAUAAGGUUGUCAUGGAGAUGGCCCCAGAGGGCACCCAGUAUGCCAGCUCCAGCCACGUCCACACGCCCCUGUCGUACCGCGUGGACCGCCCCUUCCUGUUCCUGGUGAGGGAUGAGGCCUCAGGGGCGCUGCUCUUCAUUGGCAGGGUGGUGAACCCACGCAAACUGAGGAUAUAA